GAAAGUUUUACGGCGGUCUAAAACACCUGCAGGCGCAAAUCUCGAAUCCGCCGAGCGGCUCGCUUUGUUCCAUUCUUGGCUAGAUCGAAGACCGCGAUCCUUUCUAAGUCGUGAGCUGGAGAGCUGAACCUAACUCCUUCAUCUCCAGUUUCGUGCUUCUAUUUCCACUCUUCCUCUCUACAUUUGACCCUGUUUGCGCAUCCCACCUAUCAUGCCUCAAGAACACAGUGGGCAGACGUCAAUGAGCGACAGCUUACCUGAUGCGCAGCCGGCUGCAGCCCCUACGAAGCAGACGUACAAAUCGUUCAAAAAGAAGUAUGCGAAGCUCAAGGUCCAGUUUGAACUUGGCAUGAGGGAGAGCGAAGCGCUCUUUCGCGAACAGAUGCGCAUACAGGACCUCUCAAACAGAAUACAAGAACAGAACGACCAACUUCUAGAAGUCCUGCUCGAGUUCAAUGAGAGUCUUCACGUACCUACUCAUCUACGCUAUGACUUGAAUGUUCCGGGCGAGUCUCCUGCUUUGAAUCCCGUGGACGAAGAAGCCCAGCCGCCGCCGUCCUACGAUGUCGCAACUGCAAAAGCGACUUUAGAUGAAGCGCGCUCCGAAUUGGCCUCUGGCGAGAUCACCCCUGAUACUUACCGUCGGCUGGAAGAAGCUGUAAAGCGGAGUAAGGCAUUCGAACCGAGCAAUAAAUACCCUUCUUUGUUGCAAGUUCCGCAUACAACCACAGAACAAUUUUCACAUGAGCUCGACGGCGAUAAUCUGGGCUAUCUCACACCGGAACACGAGGCCGAAUACUUCUUGAUGAUGGAUGCACGGCUGGGCGAUGCGCAGGCCGCCGAGCAGCUUAGUCGUGCUCCAGAGAAACCAUCUCUCGCGGAAAGGGAAAGGGAAGCAGCACUUCGCAACCCUGUUUCAGUCUACAAUUGGCUACGCAGGAACCAACCCCAGGUGUUUCUGCAGGACAAUGAGAUUACAUCUGAGAAGUCUGUCUCGCGACCGGCCAAUCUACGAACGUCCAAGCGAGCAACUCAGCCCCGGAAAGAAGAAGACGUGUACGAUGAGGAUGGUAUUCUCAUGGAUGUCGCACCCGCUCCCGGAAGCAGCAGAGGCAAACGGAAGCGUGACGAUGAUACAGGAUACCGCCCCAAAGGCGGGAGCAGCGGCGGUCGUGGAAGUCGAAAGAAAAAGGACGACGGCUCCUACGGUGGAAGACGUACCUCGAAAAGGUCAUCUGGCGUGGGCGCUUGACCGCUACAAGUCCCUUGUACUAUUUGUGAUAUUUUCUCUAACUUGUGUUACUAUGCAUGGCUCUUUGAAUUCGGAACGGAAAAUGUUUUGGCAGGAGAAACUAGGUAGGAGGUACAUCCGCCCAAAACAGGAAUGUCCUAUCAUCCCAAGUUACAAAAUGUUUCAUCCGACAGGCCUCGAUUAUGAGGGCGUAGCAGGAAAUGAAACAAGCAUAUAAUCAUUUGCGGGUUCCCGUCCACCUUAGUCAAAAGUGAAUAUACAUCAAG